AUGAAUAUCGAUGGAUUCAGACUCGUGUAUCAAAUUUUGAUGAGUGCACACCUAGUUCAUAACGCAGCAGCAACAAAGAGAAAGUCUUGUGCCAAAAGUGCUACCCUGGAUCCCGGGGCCUCUCGUCUCGCUUGCAUUGUUGCUUCUGAGUUUCUAAAGGUAGCCCUUGUGGGCUUUGACCCCUGGCAGUUAUCUCAGACAAGCAGCUCAGACAAUUACCAUGCCGCAUUCCUGGCCACCAAGAAAGCGGUUGAGCUGCCACCUAUUGAAUUUGCCACAGGAGAUGACUUUGACUACAAUAAAGAUCUAAAAAUGGAUGAGUUUGUCCGAGUCCUAGAAUCAUAUAUCUCAAGGGGAAGCAAGGCGUCAAACAUGGUGCAAUCUUCAUGUUGCCUUCACGUAUGUUACAGAGCGGGGUGGCUGUCGGGUGGCUGUCGCCUUCUCUACCUGUUCUCGUACUCAGUUCCGAACAGCCGCCCUCAGAACGUGCCACGUACUGGUUCCGGAGAGCAGUUCCAACCUAUCAUGGUUCAACUAUCAAGCACUAAACAGAAUGGCCCAUCAUCGCCAGCUGCUGGGACUACAGCAAAUAAAACCUCAUUACUGGGCGAUGGGGCCUGUCACAAGCAAGACGCCUUGGCCAGGAAUGAUGUUUCUAGUCUGCAGCAGCAAUCUGCAACUUUUCUCUCAAAUGGCAAGGUGAAUGCUGAAGAGAGUAACCUGCAAAGUACAAAUAUCAAUUACAAUGAAUCAGAAGCUACUUGUGAAAUAGUCCCUCAAAGUCAGGACUGCACAGAUGAACAACAAAAUUAUGGUGAAGAUGGUGAAAGUGAUGUAGAACUGGUUAUUGAUGUUAAUACCAAGGGUGUGUCAUCAGUAAAUAAUCAAGUGAGCCAGCCAGACCAAAGUGAACAACAGUUUCAGCGCAAAAUUCGUCGCAAUGGCAAUCGCACAGAUGGUCACCAGAAGAUGGAUCAUGCCAAGAAAUGGCUUCUCAGCAUGAUGUUUGUUAGUAGUACAAUGUCUGCUGUUUCUCUUGGCUCUAUUGAAGAUGCCUAUAAAGAGUACUGUGAACAAUCUGAUUUGGAGCCACUAUCUACCCCUGUAUUGGCUCGCUUGAUCCAUGGCUUAUUUCAGGAUGCUGAAAAGUGUCGUUUGGGUCCUCGUGGUAACCAAAAGAUUCAUUACCGUAAGCUUGCAUGGAAAACUGGAGGCAAAGAUUUGCCUCAGAAUACAAUCAGUGAAGAUAGUCUCCAUAAACUAGAAGACAAGAUUCUUACAAAUGAUAAUGCACAAAAUUUAGUGGAUUUGGUUUCUUUAAAACCUUUAAACCUGUCUCAAAAGUCAUUGGCUCGGCAGAAUAUUGUCAGUGAAGGAAAGCAAAAAGAACUGAAAGAAGAAGAAACAUGUCAGAUGAAGAGCAUUCAGAUCAUUCAGUCAAGAGAAAAGAAAAUACAAGAGCAAGAAGUGACAACAUCUGAAAAAUCUAACAUCCACUUGGAACAGUCACAAGUGGCUAAGGAUAACAGCAAAGAAGGAUGUGAAACAGCUGCCAAAAAGUUGUCACAAGUCUUGAAGUGGAUCAACAAUCAAGGCAGGAAAGAUGUUUUAUUGAAAGAUUUUGCCCAUAGUGCAUCUUGCAAGGAAGAGUCAUGUUCACAUUUGUGCAUGAUGUUCCGUCGUGUGCGUCGUCAUGUUGUUGCUGCUCGGCAUUCUUGUAUGGUUCUAAGACUCUACUCAGUACUUCUUCGCUUACAUGUUUCAUCAUGUGUUGACUCACAGUGUGGAUUACCUGCCUGCCCUGCAUUAAGAGCCACCAUAUCUGCAAAGCGUACCAUUAGUGGUCAAGAGAGCUCACCUAAGCGAACUGCUUGGCAAGUUCCUGGUGGACGAAUGCCAUCGGCCAGGCCAAUAUUUCAACCCCGAUCCCCGGGAGGGUCAUUGCCUGGUUCACCAGUCAAUUCUCCUCCACCCAGCCCUGAUGCACUUGAUUUUGGCCAGUGUUUACCAUUAAACUCAGGGUCAGUACAUUACAUGAUUGUACCAGUUGUAAUGCCUUCUGCAAGCAAUGGAGUAGCUUGAUAAUCCACACAGCAUUGGAAUAGCCAUGGCUCUACCAGGAAUAAGAAUAAUCAUAUCAUAUAGGAAAAAUGAUAGAAUUAUAGAGUCUUGGUUACUGUAUUUCAGUAGUUAUAUGAAAUAUAAAAAAAUUACUUGAUACAUUUUACUUCAGUUAAGUGUUUUGUGCAGAAUGUGAAAAUUUAUUUCAUAUAUUUUGUUAGGUAUUUUUGUUCCAUUGCAUGAACAUUUUCUCAGAUUCUGAACAUUGUAAUGAAAGUUCACUUUACUGCAAUGGGACAAUAUUGAAUAUGUAGAAUCAGGAUUAUUUGUGUAACUGCUAUAGUUUAUUCAGAAGAUUACCGUUGAAAAGAAAUCUUACCCAUAUUCUCUAUUCAGAUGACAACCAUUGACAAGGAAUAUUGAUGUGUGGACAUCUGAUAGCUACAUUAAACACAAUAACUUGCAUAUGAAAAAGAAAAAUAUAUAUUUGAAAGUACACCCACAAUAAGAAAAUAGCGAAUUAUGAUGUUUUGAAUUCAACAAGAUCACUCAUAACAUGAUGCUAAUAAUGAAGUAGAGAAAUUUAUAAUAUCAGUUUACAAUUCUUUUUUUUUAUUAUGUAUAUUUUUAGUUUGCCUGUAUGCACACAGCAAAAUUACCAAAUUUAUAAAGUUAUUAAUUGUUUCUUUCAAAUCAACAAAUUUCUAAUGAGGACUGAGUCAAGGUUUUGAUGAAAAUUGCAAGUUAUAUUCUAUAAAAUGCACAUGCACAUACACAUAUGUGUGCACACAAACCCACACCACCACCCAUCCACAUUUUACGCACAUGUGCGUACACACACACACACACACACACACACACACACACACACACACACACACACACACACACACACACACACACACACACACACACACA